CCUCCUACAGAACCUCACAUUGUAUCCAGCACUAGAAACCAGCAGCAGCUCAGUAGCAGCAGCAGCAAGUGCGGUGCAGUUCGACCUGAGCGGACGCUGUUCCGCUUGUCGUGAGGAGAAAACACCGCACAGAUGAAGAAGGGACCCUCGCGGAUAACUAUCACUAUCAAUCCCUCCGUUUGAUUACUUUGCUAACAUACAUCAGACAACAACACAGUCCUCCUUCUUCUCACACCGUCUGCUGUGUCUUCUUUCUUUCGGAGAGGACUUGCCUGUGCUUUUGUUGUUUCCUCCGGGAGGCUGAAUGGAAGCAGCAGCCGAGGGAGCGGUCGGGCUGUCGUCGGAGGCCGGGGACGGGAGCCCUCUAUCCGGGGCCGAAGCAUCCGAUGAUGGGGACACGGUGGUUGGAGUUAGCUACGGCAUGGACACCGCAGACAUGGAUGCUGCUGCUAGGAAAGCCUUCAUCACAGAGAUGCCCUCAUCCUCAGGCCAGCCUGGUCAGGGGAAGAAGAUUGGCCACAGAGGGGUGGAUGCAUCAGGGGAAACUACUUACAAAAAGACCACAUCCUCAGCCUUGAAAGGUGCCAUCCAGCUGGGCAUCGGUUACACAGUGGGCAACCUGAGCUCCAAGCCUGAGAGAGAUGUGUUGAUGCAGGACUUCUACGUGGUGGAGAGCAUCUUUUUCCCCAGUGAAGGCAGCAACCUCACUCCAGCCCACCAUUUCCCGGACUUCCGCUUCAAAACAUACGCUCCCGUGGCCUUCCGCUACUUCAGAGAACUGUUUGGCAUCAGGCCAGAUGACUACCUGUACUCCCUAUGCAAUGAGCCUCUGAUCGAGCUGUCCAAUCCCGGAGCAAGUGGCUCGGUCUUCUAUCUUACGAGGGACGACGAGUUCAUCAUCAAGACUGUGAUGCACAAGGAGGCUGAAUUCUUACAGAAACUGCUGCCUGGAUACUACAUGAACUUGAAUCAGAACCCUCGCACUUUGCUGCCCAAGUUUUUCGGCCUUUACUGUGUCCAGUCGGGCGGGAAGAAUAUCCGCGUGGUGGUGAUGAACAACGUCCUUCCCCGCAUAGUCCGCAUGCACCUCAAAUUCGACCUGAAGGGCUCCACCUACAAGAGGCGAGCAUCCAAGAAGGAGAGAGAGAAGGCCAGGCCCACUUUCAAAGACCUGGAUUUCAUGCAAGACCAUCAGGAUGGACUGAUGCUGGACCAGGACACUUACAACGCGCUGGUCAAGACCCUACAGAGAGACUGCCUGGUGCUGGAAAGCUUUAAGAUCAUGGACUACAGUCUGCUGCUCGGGGUUCACAACAUGGACCAGGCGGAGAGGGAGAGGCAGAUGGAGGGCUCCCAGGGCGACAGCGAUGAGAAGAGGCCCGUGGCCGCGCAGAAGGCCCUGUACUCCACAGCCAUGGAGUCCAUCCAGGGAGGAGCCGCCUGCGGAGGGUCCAUCGACACCGACGACACGAUGGGCGGUAUCCCAGCUGUGAAUGGAAAAGGGGAGAGACUUCUUCUCUACAUCGGACUCAUCGACAUCCUGCAGUCUUACAGGCUAAUCAAGAAACUGGAGCACACGUGGAAGGCUUUGGUUCAUGAUGGGGACACCGUAUCAGUCCACCGGCCGGGCUUCUAUGCCGACAGGUUCUUCAAGUUCAUGAGCAGCAACGUUUUCAAGAAGAGCUCCUCUCUGAAGUCAUCUCCAUCCAAGAAGGGUCGUGUGUCGUUGUCGGUGCCCAAGUGUGUUGGUCCUGGUGCAGCCUGGUCAGCCAGCCAGCUGCCCUCUGAGAGAGACGAGAACAUCUACGACCUGAGAGGAGCUCGCAGCUUCCCAACGCUGGAGGAUGAGGGGCGGCCAGAUCUUCUUCCAUGUACUCCUCCAUCGUUUGAAGAGGCCACCACAGCGUCAAUUGCCACCACCCUCUCUUCCACCACCUCUCUGUCCAUCCCAGAGAGAUCCCCUUCUGACAGCGCCGAGAACCCCCGCUACAGGAGGCACACCCAGUCUCUCAGCCACGACGGGAGGACCCAGGAGGAGCUGCGUGUGCGUGAGGAGGAUCAGCAGACCAUCACAGUGGAGGUGGAGUUGAAGAGACCCGACAGUGAGCCCACCAUCUCCGUUCCACAGCCUUCACAUGAAGAAAGUGAGAUUCAGGAAGAAGCUGGCGCAGAGACUGCCGAUGCCGCUGCAGCAGCACCCUCCAGCUCUUUGUCAGCACCUGAAGCAGCAGCAGCCGCCGCAUCCUCCUCCUCGUCUGCCCCAGAUGCUCCCUCUUCAUCCGGGGCAACCAAUGAAGCCCCGUCCAGUCCCAAGGUGGUGGUGUUGGAGGCAGACAGGGCCAGCCAGAAGUCCGGCUCAGGGUGCACCAGCCAGGCUUCGGUCGAUGAUGAAGAUGACGUGCCAAUCUCAGAUAUCUACUUUAGACGUUGACAGAUGGACCGCAGAAAGGGAGUAGCGACUCAGGCUGGUAUGGGAAUGGAGUGUGUGGGCGGUUAAUUGCUUGCAGUGUGUGGUGCAUUCAAUAAAAGGAAUAGUUUUGGGAAAUAGGCUUAUUCGCUUUCUUGCAGAAAGUUACAUGAUAUGAUUGAUACCACUUUACCACCAUAGUCUGGCACAUAACCCCCUGUUAGUUUCUGUAACAACAAACAAAUCAAACAUGUUAAUUAGUGAGCUUCAGAGGUGUUGGUAGGCAGAUUUUCUUAUCUUUUCUUCAGACAUGAGAGUUGUAUUAAUCUUCUCAUCCAACUCACAGCAAGAAAGCAAAUAAGUGUAAUUUCCUGAAACUGUUGAACACAGUGUAUUGCAGUGUGCACUCUGGUUUGGAGUGUUUGCAGAGUGAUAAUAAUAGCAUGUCGACUUCACUUUGGAGUUCCUGUCUGAUAUGAUCGCCAACACGGCCGCAGACACACUCAGCAGCUCAUUUUGUGUGAAUGAGAAGCCUUUGCAGUUUUGCGUGUGUUACUCAGUCUACAGGAUCGUCCUACCAAAAGCGACUACCAUCAGAUAGUGUUGUGUUGGCAGGUCUAAAUGUGCCCAAAAGCACAGUUAGCUAUAAAUUAAUGUAUGAGUGUCAGGUGGAGGAUGGAGAGCGGAGCCAGUGAUCACAGUUACAGAUAGAAACGUUUCCACCUGGCCGCGCUCCUACUGGGUUUCUCCUGUCGGGAAUCAAACACCCUCUAAUGCGGCACGAGAAAUCCUAAUGGCCAACAGGUUAGUCAAAGAGCUCCCUCAGUUAUUUAACAGCCCUCUCAUCUGACCAGCUCUGGCUGAUGCCCAGUUCAUGCUUCAAAAGCCGGACACUCUCUGUAGCAGCAGCAGCAGCAGCAGGGGGUCUGCAGCGCUGCGUGAGGUGACACUGAAGUGUAACUACACAUAAACACUGCAGGCAGGGAGUGACCAAGUGAAAGUAAGUUGUUUCAUCAGCUGUUAGGACACUGCCAGUGAUCCAAACUGAAGUAUGAAAGCCUCACUUAUCUUGUAUAUAAUAAUAAGUUGAUCUUGGUGAAUUUCCGUUAUCAGGAUAAUCGUGACUCUCCUCACCUGAGUGACUUGAAAAAGCUGUCUAGCUCGCUAUCAUGGUAGAGCAGUGGUUACCAACCUAUUUUCCUUGAAGCCACCCUUAAUUGUAUCUAAGAAAAGCUGAGCUCCCCGACAUCAUCAACACCCUAAAAAAAAAAUACAAAUCCUC